AUGACCGGCCCGAGCGGCGGCGGUGGCAUGCAGAAAUCACCAGCUGGAGGUCCUUUGCCGUCGUCGCCGCAAUCCGCGGUCGACAAGUCCRCGGCCGUAUCGUCGGGCUACGGCACGUACAACCGGCGUGGUACCACGACCACCGUAGAUCGCCGCAUGCGGACCGACUAUGACGACGACGGUGAUGACGACGACGACCGACUAUCCGAGCUGUCCGACUCUGGACAUUUUCUGGCGAAAGGUGCGUUCCUCAUUACACCCAGCAACGAGCUGAACCUGGAGAAGGCAACGGCCAUAUGCGAGAAGAUGAACUACAGAGGACCGUAUUCGGUGACUAGGACAGCCACCGGCAUACUAUUCAAGUUCGCUGAACAAGACGACUAUCACGUGACGUUCCGCAAGGGGUUUCACAAAGUGACCAAUUCGAGGUUCUACAAGAAGAUUCCAAUACCAUGCAGACCACAAAAGACCUUUUCAGUUUUGGUUUAUGAGAUCCCUGAAGACAUUCCCGAAGAAGACAUUCGCCAUUCGCUGUAUAAAUUUCAAACUGUCGUCGAGGUCGUUAGACUUUAUCAUGCCGGGUACCGCCACGCGGCCUUGACCGCGGCUGACGGCAAGAACGCGGCUACGUCGCAGACAGCUGUUGAACAGCAACAGCAACAGCUCCUGCAGGCCGGACCGGCGUCGUCGCUGGCGGCGGCGGGCGGGUCCGCGUCUGCGAACACGCAACACCAYCCGGCGCCGCCUGUGGUGCGCGUCACACUGGCCUCCGUCGAGGAGUGCAACGUGCUGCUGCACAACGGUUUGGACUUUUACGGGGCCACUUUUUUCCCGGUGGAAGCUGCCACCCCCGUCAUACCGAAAAAGAAAUCGUUGCCGCCAAAUAGCCGUCUGAUGGAUCUUGUGACUACAAGUGGUCACCGUAUACGUGACCUGUUACCUGUGUUCGACUCUGCCGGAUUCACGAAGAUACCGCCACCGGCCAGUAAAGUGGUCAAGCCACACUAGUCGAAAACGACGGCAAUCUUCUUCUUCGCCCAAUCGACUAUACGAUUAAAACACACGUGCGCAACGAAUAUUCAUGUAUAUAAAUAUUGAUAUAUUUAUGUAUAUGRUUUAUUAUUUUUAUUUCAAUUUUAACAAAAAAAAAAAUCAAAAAAAAUACCAAGUYGCAUCAAUUUACUACAAAACCAUUACAAUAUUAAAUUGCAUUUUCUAAUAACACGCAACGUUUAGUAUAUCAUAAUAUAUUAUAAUAUUAUUAUCGUA